GACGAAGAAUGCUGCUUUUCGCAGGAGAGUUUGCUGAGUCUGGUGGCGCCGGAACUCAGCUCGCUGAUCAAUUGCUGGUUGGCGGCAUUGCGUGAUUCCGCGCUUCUCUCUCUUCCACCUGAGUUCAAAUCACAAUUGCCACCUAAAGGUGGAGCAUAUUAUACUGCUGAAUGUGCUGACGUAAAGACAUCACAAGUUUGCAGCUUGAAUAGGGCUCUGAGGCGGUCAUUUUUACGAAAAAAUCUCGCUCUAAAAGGCGAUAACGAGAAUCUUGGCUUUUUGCUUUAA